UAUCGUAGAAGAUAAUACACCGACAUAUGGUGCGGUCACCAAUACACAUGCACUCUUCUCAUACCAUAUACCAAAUCCCUAUAUAGCUAAUAUAUAUUGCCAUCACCUUUCCUCAUCACCUCCCAUCUCUUUCUCUCCCUUUCUCUUUCUUUUUCUCUCUAAUCAAAAGUAGUGACUAGUAGCAAUGGCAAAUUCCAUUGUUACACAAAUCUCACUCCUAAUAUUUUCCAUUAUUCUACUUGUUCUAAGCCAUUCAAACAAUGCAACAGCAACCACUACUACCAAGGAGGCCUCAGUUGUGUCGAAAGAGCAAGUAGCAUGCACGAUGUGCGACGCGUGUGAAAACCCAUGUGAGCCCUUGCCAACACCACCGCCACCAGUCGUCGAAUGCCCGCCGCCACCAGCUCCUCCGCCGCCUUCUCCACCGCCCUACAAAGAACCAGAAUGCCCACCUCCUCCAAUGCCUAAACCUCCUUGCCAAGAGAAUAUUUGCGGCGGAGGCGGCGGUAAUUAUGGUCCUCCCGGCGGUGAAGGUGGCAGUAAUAACAGUCCCCAAUAUCCUACUCCUAUUAUGCCACGUCCCCCAUAUAUGCCGGUGGGUGAUGCUCCGCCGGCUUCAUACUAUCCCAACUACUAUAUGCCUCCACCUUCAAGCUCUCUAAGAAUCACAAUCACCCCUAUUCUCAAUUCCUUGUUCUUCUUCUGCUUCUUUCUUUCCUUAAUUAUUAUGUAGUAUUUAUACAAGUUUUAGAAUUAUAUAUGAAGAACAAUAUUUACAAUUAAAACCAUAUAUAUUUACGUGUAUGGUUUAUUUGCUUCUAAGAGGCAAAUUUUAGUUCAAAACAAUAUUUAAUGUAGAAGAAUAAGGCUAUAGCUAUAUAUGUAUAACUAGCUACCAUAUAUAUGUCUUCUUUUAAUUUGUAAUCGUUUAUUCUAUCUGUAUUGACUUUCGUUUGUGUAGUAGUGCAAUUCUUCGAUCAGAAUCA